AUGGCGACUACGCUCCCGCGGCCAGCAAGGCCGUCCAACGGCCCGCCUACUAUGGCCUUGCCCGCUCUUCCUGUCGCCAAGACAAGGAAAAGCACUGGAGGCAUACCUACGACGGCCUCCAAAUCCAACCCGGCCACCCCAAACUCCAAGAGCAGCCUCAGGGCCCCUUCCACCGGUUUCCUCCCUCCCACGUCCCCUGCACCCACAUCGGCACUACCGCAGCCGCGUACGGCCUCUGCUAUGAGCAAUUCUUCAGUCCGGACGUUGCGCAAGACAGUGAGCAUCAACUCGUUCCCCCAGCCGCCUCGGGGCGACAACCGCAUCAACAGCCUACCCCCCAGUCCAUUAGGUGCUGACUCCUCACGGAACUCCACACGCAAGUCAAAGGGCUCAAUAGCAUCGACGUAUUCGCAGAGCAAUGGCGCGCCGAGCCUGCUCAACAACAGCGCCGAGGGAAAGUCGAUAUCGAGCGCCAACGUCCGCAUGUCCGACGGUCUCAUCAGCAUCUCUUCGCCACCGCAGAGCAGGAGCUCCUCGGCACAGGACUCCUACUCAACUUCUGCGACGACGUAUGAUGACCCUAUCGAUGGUAUGGCAGCAAAAUCCUCAUCUGACGGCACCAGUGAUAAGAGAGGCUCCAAGCUAGACGGCAAGGGAAACGUGCUAGUAAGCGUAAGAGUGCGACCAGAUGCGACCGGAAACGAAAAUGCGAAGGCCGAGGGCGAGUGGAUGGUCGACGGGCGCAAGUCUCUUGUUGCUUAUAGAGGAAAAGAAGGCGGCGACUACUUCUACGAUAAUGUGUUUACGACGCACGAUGACAACAGCCGAGUCUAUGACUGCUUAGCAAAGCGGCUAGUCCGCCGCGUAAUGGAGGGCUACCAUGGAACCGUUUUCGCCUACGGCAUGACUGGUACCGGAAAGACAUUUUCGAUGCAAGGAACUGCUUCUUCGCCCGGUGUCAUCCCUCUUGCCAUUACCGACAUCUUUUCCUACAUUAGGGAAACACCGUCUCGCGAAUUCCUACUCCGUGUCAGCUACCUGGAGAUAUAUAACGAGAAAAUCCACGACUUGUUGAGCAUGCCAACCGGAGCCGGUGCCAGUGCUGGCGGGCAAGAAGAGAUCAAGUUGCGCGAAGACAGCAAGCGCGGUGUCUACGCCAGCCCCUUGAAGGAAGAGAUUGUGCAGAGUCCAACCCAGCUUCUGAGGGUAAUCGCCCGUGGCGACCAAGCACGCAGGACGGCGAGCACCCAGUUCAAUGCGAGAAGCUCCCGAAGUCACGCAGUGGUACAAAUCGUAGUAGAGAGCCGAGAACGGAUACCAGGAAACGCUGGCGUUGGCGAAAGUAAACGAUCCGGAAUGCUGCCUGGUGGCGUACGCGUGUCAACACUGAGCUUGAUCGAUCUUGCUGGGUCCGAGAAAGCGGCCGAGUCCAAGGAACGACGAACGGAGGGCUCGCACAUCAACAAGAGCUUGCUCACCUUGGGCACCGUCAUCUCCAAACUCUCCGAGCACAAAGACAAGGACGGAAAAGCCGCCGACAAAGAUGGGAAGCAUCUGCCGUACCGAGACAGCAAGCUAACCAGGCUUUUGCAAGGGGCUCUGUCAGGCGGCUCACUCGUGAGCAUUCUGUGCACCAUCCAGAUUGGUGCAGCCGGUAGCGCUGCUUCUUCAAACUCCCACACGUCCGAAACCAUCAACACUCUCAAGUUCGCGUCCAGAGCCAAAAACAACAUUGUCAGCCACGCCAAAAAGGCGGAGGAGGCUCUCGGAAGCGGCGGGGAUGGCGGCGCCAGAGUUCUCUUGGAGCGGUACCGCAUGGAGAUUCUGGAACUGAGACAGCAACUCGACAUGCAAGCCAAGGAGAAGAACACGAAGUACGCCGACGAAGAAAGAGAACGAGAUGCCCUUGAGGAAAAGGCCCGUGAACUAGAGGCUGAGCACCGGCAUGAGGAGCAAAUGCUUGAAAUGCAGUUGGCUCGAACAGCGCUCAAGGAACGGAUUGAUCACCUUAACCGUCUGAUCCUGAGUUCCAAAUCAAUUGGCGUUAAUGUCAGCGGGUCCUACAGUGCUCUGGGCAUACACCCACGGUCUUCGAUGGCUUCGGUGAGAUCAUCAUUGGCCACCUCGAACAGCGGCAGACCAAUGCUCGAAAGGACAGCAUCUACGACAUCUGCUUCUUCAACCAUUGGCCGUCAGUCAAGUUGCCGGUCCAGUGGGGAACAGCGCCGGUCCAGUGGUGACGGCGGUAUGGUGACGGACGAUGACAGUAUCGGCGAAUUCGGAGAUGGAAGUGCCUCGUUGACGGCCCAGAAUCGCGCGUUGCAGGCCGACCUGGCAGACAAGACAAGAUAUAUCCAGACCCUGGAGAAGCGACUCAUGCAGGCACGAAGAGCCAGUUCCUCAAGAACCUCCGUCGGCUUCUCCGCCCCGAACAAGGCCAUCAUGGUUGGAGAAGACCACAGUGUGUCGACGCUGUUGAGGGAAAAGGAUGCUGAGAUUGCUGAGCUGAAAGCGCGGCUGGACGACAAGGACCGCAUGCUGGGUGCGUUGCGCUCAGCGGCCCGAUCUCGAGACAUGGCGGAGGGACAUUUGGACGGUCGAACGUCUUCUCUGUACGAACAUAGCCCCCCGCCGAGGAUCAGCCCGCCGCCAGCACCAUCGGCCUUGGCCAACAACGCCCGUGUUCGCACCAAGAGUGUCGACGAGAUGAGCAAGAUUCUGGACGAGAUGAUUCAAGACCACGUCGAGACUGGUCACCUGGUCAAGGGGGCCAGAGGGAGCAUUCGCGUCGCCAGCGAUCGCAAACUUGAGGUGCAUCCGGAGCUACCGGUAAGACUCGAGCCGCUCAAGAAGACAGCAUCUUUUGACGAGGCCAGCAAGGUGGCAGUGAUGGGCAUGUAA